UACAAUACCUAAUUCCACAUGUGUUUACAUUUGCCCAGCGCAUAUUGCAGCUGGAAAGUACCAUAUUGGUUUUAUAAAGCUAGACCAAGGACACCUGUAGUAAUUAAAGGAACCUCAAUAAAAGUAAUGUUGAUAAUUAAGGGAACGGUCAAUUUCACAAAGCUGGUGACUACUACCAACACUUUACUGCGGUUGCAAAAGUGUUCUUCAUUAACAAAGCAUCAACAAUAUCCUAAAGGGUUUGCCGCUGCCAUGUCUGAGGCGCUGGACAAAUUGGAUCAACAGGAGGCCCAAAUGAAAGUUGAGCGAACCGCAAAGUGUGAGCAAGUAAAAGAUGCCAAACGUCAGAAGCGUGAAUUGAAACGCAGAAAAUGGGUGGACUGGAACACACAAGAUGAGCAGUCGGGGGACACAAAACGUCCAGCAUUUGAUCCGGCUGACCGUGUAAAGCGGAAAAAGUCCGCAAUACUUCUGGGUUAUUGUGGUGCAAAUUACUUUGGUAUGCAGCGUAAUCCCGGCAUGCAAACUAUUGAAGAGGAACUGUUCAAAGCGAUGUUGAAACAAAAGUGGAUAACAGAGGAAAGUUUUGAGGCAGCACAAGCGGCGUGCUUUCAGAGAGCGGCGCGCACCGAUAAAGGUGUUUCGGCGGCGCGGCAAGUGUGCUCAAUGAAAUUGCCUGACCCAGUAGAUAUCAAAGCGUUGAACGAAGAUUUACCUGAGCAAAUACGCGUUUUUGGCGUUGAGCGCGUUACUAAAGGUUUUAAUGCGAAAGAUCAGUGCAAUGCGCGCACAUACACAUACACACUGCCGUCCAUUGCGUUUGCGGAUUACACGCAGAAAUAUGGUUUUGAUAACUAUCGAAUUGAAGCUGCUCAACUGCAAAAGAUAGGAGACAUAUUGAAGUUGUACGAAGGCACGAAAAACUUUCACAAUUUCACCAGCCGGAAAAACUUUUUAGAUCCUUCUGCGAAACGCUUCAUUAUGUCUUUCAGCUGCUCCGAACCAUUCCUUACGCCACAAGGCUUAGAAUUUUUGACGCUUAAAGUAAAGGGGCAAAGUUUUAUGCUACAUCAAAUUCGAAAAAUGGUCGGCUUAGCGAUAGCAAUUGCGCGAGGUAAUACCAUGACGGCCACACUGGAUCGCGCGUUAACCGAAGAACGUUUAGAUCUGCCGAUGGCCCCUGGUUUGGGCUUAGUAUUGGAUACAGUGCACUAUGAACGCUACAAUGAUCGUUACGGCAGCGAUGGCAUACAUGAACCUCUGACUUGGGUUAAGCAAGAGGAUGAAAUAAAAGAAUUCAUUGAACGUUAUAUUUACGCCAAUAUAUAUGAAACAGAGUAUAAAGAACGUUCGAUGCUGGAAUGGUUAGAGACAUUACCUUUACAUUCAUACGAUGCACGACGAGAUGAUGCACAGACAGCAAUAAGCAAUGACGAGAGCGGGAAGAAGCAUAAUGACGAUGACGAUGAAUAAUUAA